UCUUGUACACUAGUGUAUCUGUUAGUGAAGUUAGUGUCUGUUAACAACAAUAAAUUAAUAGAAAAUAUCCCAACUUUAUACAUAACUGGUUCACGAACACGAUAACCCGCAGAAUAGACGCAUUUGGCCUUUUGACUGAUUGUUUUCCUGUAAGCUGCCCUAUGGUGCAUGGACUUACUCAGAAUGAAUUGUGAGCUUUUGGCAACGUGCAGUGCCCUUGGUUAUUUGGAAGGAGACACCUAUCACAAGGAAGCUGAUUGCUUAGAGAGUGUCAAAGAUUUGAUCAGAUAUCUACGACAUGAGGAUGACACCCGUGAUGUCCGCCAGCAGCUGGGUGCAGGCCAGAUAUUACAAAAUGACCUUCUGCCCAUCAUUAUUCAACAUGGACAAGAGAAGGCCUUAUUUGAUGCCUGCAUUAGGCUCAUGGUCAAUCUCACCCAGCCUGCCAUGCUUUGCUUUGGCAAAGUCCCCGAUGACCCUGUCUUUAGACAUCACUUUUUGCAAGUGACCUCUCAUUUACAGGCCUAUAAAGAGGCAUUUGCUAGUGAGAGAGUGUUUGGCAUUUUAAGUGAAAUAUUAUACAACUUCCUACAACUGGACUGGGAGCAGAGGCAGGAGGAGGAUAAUCUUCUGAUAGAAAGGAUCCUGCUGCUGGUCAGGAAUGUGCUUCAUGUACCAGCUGACCCCAAUGAAGAGAAGAAAGUGGACGAUGAUGCCAGCGUUCAUGAUCGGCUGCUGUGGGCCAUCCACAUGAGUGGUUUCGAUGACCUUGUCAAGUUUCUUGCAUCAGCUCAAAGUGAGCAGCAGUGGAGUAUGCAUGUGUUGGAGAUCAUCUCCCUCAUGUUCAGAGACCAGACGCCAGAAGCUUUAGUGAGCGCCGGUCAGGCUCGUUCAGCAGAAGAGAAGCAGAGAGACUCUCAGGAGCUGGAGGCACUGAGGCAGAAGGAGCAUGCAGAGAAACGAUCUCGCACCUUACAAAGGGGAACAAGACAUUCUCGCUUUGGAGGCUCUUUUGUUGUUCAAGGGCUUAAGUCAAUUGGGAACAACGAUGUGAUUUACCACAGAAAUCUUAAUAAUUUCAAAAAUUACACUCAUGACUUGGGCAAAGCAGUGAGACGCGUUCCCAAGAGGAAUCGUCAGGCUCAGGAGUGUAAAGACAAACGUCGUUCAGCCUUAAAUGUUCGCCUCUUCCUGCGAGAGUUUUGUGUGGACUUCUUGGAGAAUUGUUACAAUCGGCUCAUGUACCUCGUGAAGGAAAAUCUAAUUCGUGAGCAAACUCAGGAACAUGAUGAGACAUACUACCUCUGGGCACUCAGCUUUUUCAUGGCGUUCAACCGUGGCAAUGGUUUCCGUGCUGACUUGGUUUCUGAGACUGUCUCCAUCCGGGCUUUUCAUUUUAUUGAGCGCAACAUCACUAACUACUAUGAGAUGAUCCUCACGGAUCGUAAAGAGGCAACAUCCUGGUCCCGCAGGAUGCACCUGGCACUAAAGGCGUACCAGGAACUGUUGUUGACUGUCAACGAGAUGGACCGCUCCGUGGAUGAAAGUAUCCGUCAGAGCUCUAAUGUUAUAAAAAGUAACAUAUUUUACCUGAUGGAAUACAGGGAGAUUUUCCUGACCCUACUGAGGAAGUAUGAUGAAACCAAACAGCCUCAGUCCUACCUCAAAGAUCUAAUCGAGUCAACUCAUCUCUUCCUGCGCAUGCUGGAGCGCUUCUGCAAGGGUCGCAGAAACCUGAUGGUUCAGAGAAAAAGAGUGAAGCGAAAAAAGUCUAAAGGUAGAAAAAAGCCUUCAACUACAGAGACUAGUCCAGAUGCCCUUGAGGAGACGUGGAAGGUUGUGGAGGAAGAGUUGAAGGCCACCAGCUUUCAGCUGUCAGAGUCUUUAACUGAGAGCAUUGUGCCAUUUGAUGCCACAUCUGAAGUUCCACUGGAAGAGCAGCGGACUGAAGCCAUGGUGCGUGUCCAGGAUGCCUUGCUGGCUCGACUGGGACCAGAAGCCCUUGGAGUGCUGCGAGCUGCCAGAGAGGUGUGGCCAGAGGGGGACGUGUUUGGCUCAGCUGAUGUGGAACCUGAAGAGGAACUAGAGCUGCUGAAACAAAUCCUGCAUGCCAACCUGCCAAGGUCCUCUCCUCCUGAGCCUGUGGCAGAGGAGGAGGAUGAUCCAGCAGAGUUAGAGGAGGAAGAGUUGGAGACUGUUCAGGUUUCUGAGAAAGAGUUUAACUUUCUGGACUUUAUCAAGAGGUUUGCCAAUCCCAGCAUCAUGCGCCCAUACCUCCUCCUAUUGAAGUCAUAUUCAAAAAACACACCUCACACAAACCACUGCAUCACUCGACUGCUGCACCGCUUGGCUGUGGACCUGAAAAUGGACGCCUUGCUUUUCCAGCUGUCUGUCUUCAACCUUUUUAACAAAAUCCUGAGUGACCCAGCUGCAGCUGCUUACACGGAGCUGGUGACCUUUGCCAAGUUUGUGCUAAAAAGAUUCUUUUUAGUGGCAGCAACAAACAACAAGGCAUAUGUUGAACUUCUCUUUUGGAAAAAUGUGGGGGCAGUAAGAGAGAUGACUGAGGGCUACAGCAAAGAUGGAGAGGGAAAGACACCUGCAUGGACUGAAGAGGAGGAAGAGGAGUUGCGCAAGCUCUAUGAGGAGCAUCGUGAUUCUGAGGUGCCAGAUAUUGUGGAGACCCUCCUGCCAUUACUCAGCAACAGCAACCGUACUCGGCGCCAGGUAGUGACACAACUGGUGCACAUGGGUAUGGUGGAUAAUGCCAAAGAACUGAAGAAACCAAAGAAAGGUACCCGGAUCGUUCUUUGGACAGAGGAGCAAGAGCAGGAGCUGCAGAUGCUCUUUGAGGAAUUCAGAGACUCUGACGAUGUGCUGGGUAACAUCCUGAAGAAGCUGACGGCUAAGCGGUCCCGUGCUCGUGUGGUGGACAAGCUGCUCAGCUUGGGUUUGGUGUCGGAGAGACGAGAACUUUACAAGAAGAGGAGCAGAGGCAAUCAGAGAAAGAGCUCUGGAAACGGAAUGACUGAAGAAGAGUUCCUAGAAAGUCUGACACAAGGUUUCCCAGAUGAUCAUAUGGACAGAGAUGAUGAAGACGGUCCAGAGGAUGAGUCUGACGAGAGUGAAGAAGAGGAGGAGGAGGAGGAGGUGGGAGAAGAGAGGGAAAAAUCAAAAAAUGGAAAAAGGUGGAGCCAAAGCUCUCACUCCCCUGUUGAGAAAAGUGUUGAUAUUGGUGCCAUGGUGUGGGCUCUACAGCAGGAAGGCUUGUCUGGACCCAUGUUGUGGCUACAGAAUUGUCUUAAUAGAACAGCAGAUGACCGUGAAGAAGAUGGUGUGUCUCUGGCUGUGCCGCUUGUUCCUCUGACUGAGGUAAACGAAGAAGCCAUGGACAAUAAGAGCUUCAGGAGGCUGCUGCGCAAACUGGGAAUACGAGCACCUGCAAAUGAACAGGAAUCAUUUUGGAGGAUCCCAGAAAAGAUUAAUGCGUCACAGCUUCGCAGUGCAGCUGCAGCUCUCAGUCCAAGAGAAGAAGCACCAAAAGUAGGUGAGGAGAAAAACGGUUCUCAGACUCCAACCAGGGACACUCCAGAGGAGGGGCAGGAUUUGGAGGAGGAGGAGGAGGUCUCAGGUGAACGCAGAGCUCAGGCUCUGAGAGCUCUGCUCCUCACACGCAAGAGGAAACAACAUCCCUCAGAGCAGACAGCUCCUGAUUCAGAAUCCAUGCCUGUGGAAGAGACAGAAAAUACACCUGAGAGAUCUAAGGAGAAGACCUCUACUAAAAGGAGUCGGAUUUUAGAUGACAACAGUGAGGAUGACUCCACUCAUGCAAUGGAAACAGAAAACAACAGUGAUGCUGAAUCAGAUAGGGAGGAUAUCUCUGCUCCAGUGAAACGUAGACGCAAGAUGGUCUUAAUCGAUGAAGAGGAAGAUGAGGAUUAGUGAAUUUCUUUAAUGGACUGCAGACAGGGAUGGUAUCAAAGGUGGAUGCAGCUCUCUAGAGGAGAUUCUGUUAAUGGAAGACCAAACAAGACCUGCCACCAUGGAUUCAUAUUUGUUUAAAUGUUUUGUUCACAGUUCUUCAAAUAUUCCCAGCAUGGAUAUAAUAAUGGACAUUAACCUUCGAUAUAGUUGUCUUUGUUAUGAAUGCUGUCGGUUGAUGAUGAGACUUUUGGAUUUUAAUAAAGCAUAUUG